AUGUCUGGAUCAGUGAAAUCGUUUCGCAACCUCGAGGUCACCCACGACUCCAAGGAACUGGCAAAAACCACCGCCGGAGCCUCGACGUUGCCGGAAUUGAUCACAACAAUUCCGCGUGCCUAUCAAGUACUCCUCGGAGACUAUCUCAGCAAGAAGUUUCGUGUCGCACACAAACAUGCCAACGUUAUGUCCACGAUCUCCUUAUACGAAAGGCACAACACCGAUUCAUCCUUCCCGCCUAUCGUUCGCAAUAGCCUGAAGGAACCGAAACUCCAGUUCGCGAAAGAAUUCCUGUCCAGCACCCAAGGCUCAGCGUCCCCUGAGACGUUCAAGGCCGCUGUCGAACAGGCCCGCAAAAAUGUGCUGACCGCGGCUAUCAAAGAAAAGAAGAAAGAGUCAGCACACCUGGCA